UUCGCUCUCGCUCUCUCUCUCUCUCUUCAUCUCUCCUCCCUCCUCGUCUCAUUCGGCCGCCUUUCGUCUCUCUUCGUUGUCCUCUGAGGUUUAAACUCACCUCAUUGAAUGUACGAUUGUAUUCGAACUCGCACUGGUUAAUUCGUGUUUUGACAAAAUAGCAGUUUUAGUUUGACGCGUCCUCGGCGCGCGCAACAGGACCGGAGGUGUUCCGCGCGCAACAUCUGCUCUUCAGCUGGAUUGGAACCCUCGUCGUGGUUCUCAUCGCUCCAGGCGGCAUCAAGUUUUUGGCAUCUUCUGUGGCGACUCUCGUCCGUCCUUUUCCAAAGCAUGACGCGGGGUUAUCCCGAUAACGUGAGGAGGAUGUAGACACCGGAGGAGAAGGACGCACACUUGUGGGACAACGGAGGAACAAUCGCGUGUCUUCAUGGACGACCACCAACUGGCACACCCACUGAAGCAGACAUGCACGCAAUAGGAAGGAGACAGAUUCUGACCACAAUAUCUUUUGGCCAUGAGUAAAAGAAAGAUACUCCAGAGGAGUGGUCAAAUUUUGGUGUCAAAAUUCUGGCAGAUGGAUGAUGCUGAUCUCUGGCACUGGAGGUGUGGAGUGACAGAUGACGGACGGAUUGAUUCAACAAGAAACAACUGGAAAGGAAAUACUGCUUGUAUCAGCCCGCUGCUAUCCUGAAGAGUAGCAGAGUGCGGGGACAUCCAGUUGGAGGUUUAAGGAAAUAUUUUGCUUCAACACCCUGGGGAGCUGCUACACGGAUGAAAUUUGAAAGAAUGAAGUAAUGAAGACCCACAAUAAAGCAGGAGCCAGAACUUAUGACUACACUUAAAUUUAAUAAUGGAGGGAUGAGCUUAAUAUCUGGGAUCCCAACAGUUUCAGUGUGGCCAGGAGGUGAAUGAAGGCUGGGACAACAGGGAUAUUUUGCAUCUGGACCUCAGAGACACAGCAAGGAUGCUUACUGGGGCCAGUGAUUUGAGCCAGAGUUCACGGUAGACCCAGACUUUGGUAUUGUUAUUACGUCCGCCAAAAUAACCCCAACACGACUGAACUAUUUCCGGUGCUCCUAAAUGCUGACAUAACCUUGUCCCGACCAACCUGUGACAGGUGAGGGGUCCAAUUGCGGUAUGGGCGGUCCAGGGAGAGCUCUUCUGGGUGGAUUCGGGACCACCACUGCAUCUAUGGUGGUGGGCGGUCGGAUGGCCUGGCCCAGCAACAUCUCCAUGGCGUUCAACCAAAGCUACGCCAGAGGUCUCGGGCUUGGAAGCAGCAGUGGGAUGCCAGGUGUGGCUGCCAUGAGUGCAGGCGUGGACAAUUACACCCAGGAGACUGUGAGUCGAGCUGUGAUCAAGGAGAAGAACUGGCCUGCUCUGCUGAUACUGGUUAUCAUCGCGCUGACCGUUGGAGGGAACAUCUUGGUGAUUUUGGCUGUGUCGCUGGAGAAGAAGCUCCAGAAUGCGACCAACUUCUUCCUGCGCUCGCUGGCUGUGGCAGACAUGCUUGUUGGCAUCCUGGUCAUGCCUAUCUCCCUCAUCAACAUUCUCUAUGACUACUCCUGGCCGUUCCCUAAUGCCUUGUGUCCUAUUUGGAUCUACCUGGAUGUGUUGUUUUCCACCGCAUCCAUCAUGCACCUCUGCGCUAUCUCACUGGACCGAUACGUCGCCAUUCGUAAUCCCAUAGAGCACAGCCGCUUCAACUCCAGAACCAAAGCUAUGAUGAAGAUCGCCGCAGUCUGGACAAUAUCUAUAGGGGUGUCCAUGCCUAUCCCAGUCAUCGGCCUCCACAAUGAGGACAAGGUCUUUGUGAAUGGCAGCUGUGCCCUUAAUGAGGAGCGCUUCAUGCUGAUUGGCUCCUUCGUGGCCUUCUUCAUCCCACUGGUUAUUAUGGUGGUGACAUAUUGUCUCACUAUCCAGGUGCUCCAGAGACAGGCCACCGUCUUCCUGCACGAGGCGAAGAAUUCCUCCCAGCAGCCGUUACAAUCACCAGCAAAGACAAACACACUGCAACCUCCUCCGACCAGCUUCCACAUUCCUCAAAUCAACACUCUAGCGCCUCCAGAAGAGUUAAGCCUGCCUCCGCCUCAGACUCGGCGAAACACCUUGAGCUGUCUCAAAGGGGCCGGCCCAAGUUUUCUCCUCAGCACGUCCACGUCGGACAGCAUAAGCAUCAUUCCGGGCUCAGAGACGGCAUCACAACUGAGCUCCCCAGCCACAGGACAGGGCCGCAGCGACUCCUCGGGUUGCCAUGGGCGACGCGGGAUGAUGCAGGCUAUAAAGAAUGAGAGGCGUGCCUCCAAGGUAUUGGGAAUCGUCUUCUUCCUGUUCCUCAUCAUGUGGUGUCCCUUCUUCAUCACCAACGUCACCUUUGUCCUGUGCCGCGGCUCGUGUGACGAGUCACUGCUCAAUGACCUGCUCAACGUUUUUGUCUGGGUGGGCUACAUCUCAUCCGGAGUCAACCCUCUGGUCUACACCCUGUUCAACAAGACCUACAGGAGAGCCUUCUCCAGCUACAUCAGGUGUCAGUACAAAGUGGGCGCCAACGCGGCUGGACAGAGCUGUAAAACCCUCCUGGUCCCUCAGCCGUGCCAGUCACACAGCGUGACACCUCUUCUGAUGGACAGUCACAGGAAGGGAGAUGUGGAUCGCAACAGUAACUGUCGCAACGGUGGUCGCGGAAAUAACGGCAGGCUGUCAGUGGACCCAGAGGACACGACGGACGACGGCACACAAAUCGUAUUCUCACACAGCCUGUCGGAAUUCCACAAUAUUGGAAUGCUGUCAGAAACAGAGCCGGAAACAGAGAUGGAGCAAGAGCUGUCACUCAUAAGCUACAGCUCUGCAUCCCGAGAACUCACCAGCAGCGUGUGACACUCUUGCCGUUCGUCUGUAACCUGCAUAACCUGGACACGCUGGGGCUUGACAACGGGUGUCGCUGGUCUUGACGCAAACUGGCUGUGGGUUUGUCGAAGAGCAUUGCAUUCCACAGACAAGAGCACUGGUGUGUUCAGAUGGCAGUGAGCAAAUGAGUGGAUGUAACCUCUGAUGUCAAAAUGUGGGAGAGAAACCAAAAAAAGAAAUUGUAUUUUGAGAAACGGAAGGCCUUUCGAUGCACUGAAGCAGGUAACGGGGAUCAAAUUCUGACAUGAAGCCUUCAGAGUCUGAAUGCAGUCUGAGCUUUAUGUGAAGAUGAUCCACAGAAAGCAAACCAAACCAAAUCUUUUUUGUUUGUUUCUUUUGAGGUUGUUGUUGACCUUUACAAUGGAGUCCCAGCAUGUAUAAUCGAACUACUCCUCGGUCAGGAGCGGGAUUCUCUCAUGAUGGUUGUCAACACUUGUAUGAGGUGCUUAAAGAAUGUACAGACUUCUGGUCACUGUUGGAGUCACAGUGCCAUCUGGUGGUCACAAGAGGAAAUGAGCUAAACCGUUGCACAGGCGUGAAUCUUUUUCACCAUAUGUCAGGCUCCCCAAAUUCAAAUUUGUACGACAUGAAGAUGGGAUAUGUUUUUGAUACGAAGCUGCACAAGUGUCACUCUCACUUUUUAGCAUCAUCACUUUGUCAAGCAGCAAUAGGGUCUUCCUUAGACACGAUCUAGUCACUCACAAAUGUACUUACAAUCGAUGCACAUGUGUUACUGAGCCAAAGGCUUCAAUGCAUGUUGUUAUGUACAUUUGAUAGUAACCUGGGUGAGCGCAGGUUGUUUGUCAUUGCAUACUUGAUAGACAAUAGACAAUUUUUCUGAAGCGUUUAAUAUUAUCAACGUGAACUCACCCAGAGCUUUCUAAAUUCUGUCUCAUACUUACCUACUGGAAUGCAUUUAGACUUUGCCCAAAAUACCAGCUUAUAUUCUGUCACCCAUCGAUGCUAGAAGGAGGGAUGGACAGCAUCUACAGUCGGAAACACAGAAUAAGUGCUCGAUAUCUCGACAUAGCCGGAAUAAAACCAGAGAACUACUGGCUUGUACUACAAGUCCAGCCCCUCAUCGCUGCACCGUACUCUCAUAUUUUGUGUCUCGUAAUGUACAACAGGUGAGCUAGUUGCAGAAAGAUUCUCUGCACCCUCUGUUAUGAAGUUGGUCUCCAUGACUUUGAUUUGGCACUCUAGCUAGGAUAAUGCCGAUUUCUGUUAUAUUACAUGUAACUGUUGCUGCUGCUGACCAAAUCUAAUUCAUAUUAGGUUCUGUUUCUCAUCAGUAACAUCAAAAAUACGAGAGGCACAAUCAGCGAAUCAAAAGAGCCAUUCAGUCCCACAAGAAUCUAUACUUUUUGAUUCAUUGAUAACAUUCCAGCAAAAAAAAUGUUGUCAAGUGAGUCAAAAUCAGACCUCUGUGUUCCAGUAUUUCCUCUCCAGGCAUGACUGCGGUGACUACUCUCAUCUGAAUGUACAACUCUUUUUUUUUUCAGCCAUAAUCUAUGUUCAGGGUCAGAAGUCGAGAGUGGACAAGGGAGUCUCUAUAAGUGAAUGCACCUCUGUAUAAUUGAUGCCCUUUUUGUAUGCUACAGAAAUAUAUGCUGACCAUUUCUCUCCACAGUGAGAGGUUUUAUGAGCUAAAGUUGGCAGAACCAAAAUGAGGUUUGCCUAGAAAUAUCCACCUGCAUGUUUGAAGUCUACUGAGACCCACUUUGCCUUGAUUUUCUUUCUUUUUUGAAAUUUUGUGUUCUUGUUUUUGAUACAUAUCCAGCAAAAAGGUGCAAGAUGCAAGGAAGGCGUGUGAUCAACACAAUGCACACAGCACUCGGCAAGCUGUCAACUGUCUAUUUUUUGCGAAAUGCAGACAGAAUACGCAGGAAAAUGUGUGACAACAGUGUUAACUUGGAAUGGAUCUCAGUCGAUCAAUCAGGUGAGCAAACAAAGAGCUAAGCCGGGACGGCCAAUGAAAUAUGUUGCAAUAUUAUAACUGUAUGUUACGUGUGUACCAGUGUGUCUACCAGCACUGGCUGAAAUUACUAUUUGAGAUCGACUUCUCUGUGUUCUAUCAAUACUACAGUGGAUUGAAUGGAAGAAGUUUCCCACCUCGUCAUUGUGACAGAUGAAAGCAAUCACUCUGAAAAACGAUCUGGACUGAUUUCAAGUAGUAAUUCGAUCCAGGUCUGGUGUGUAGAAAAGUAGCUGGAGCUGUUUAUUGACCGAAUGGUUACUCUCCCCUGAGAGAGAUAUAUUUUUUAUUCUUGCUUCUUUUAUCCUCACAUUGUUAUGUCUGUCCAAUCAUACAAACAGACACUUCAAACUACUUUAUUUUGCUUUUGCUUUUGCCAUAAAAUUGGACAUAAUCUCAAAUAUUGUCAUGAACAUUUGUGGAAAAAUAUCUUUGCGUUUCAAAAGGUGUGGACGCACCCUACAGACAAGUUGUUUUUUGUUUUUUGUUUUGUUUUUGGUUCUUGUUUACAAGAAAAGCAACCACAACUAAAUCCUUGACAGUUUCACUGUGUCAGUUCUCAACAUGGUCCGUGUCAAAGUGAAACUCAAACUGAUUAAAUAAAUAAAUAUGCCAUCACGUCCUCAAACUGAUGUGCCUGUAGGACACAGUAGAAUGCAUGGGGAGUCGAAAACACGGCAUCGUAAUUCACAUUAACUUGUAUAAAAGACAGCAAGAACUCCAUAAGGCUUCUAUUGGUUUCUUAAAUUAAAGUACGCAACAAGAAUAAACGCCCAAAGACAACUAAAACAUGCAAUAAAAGCAUUUGAUGUAAAGAAGACGAUGCCUCCACCACCCCACUUUAUUCUAAGUUUGGUAAACCCUUCAGUCAACAAACAGCUCUGAUGAUAGUUUGUCCUGCAGAUUGUCAAGUUUAGCAAAUCUCACUUCAUAAACUUCAGCAGCUUGUUUCCUUUUUCUCAUCAUCAGAUGAGCCAGAUUUAUCUUGCUCUUGUAUGACUCAGCGGUUGAGGGGAUUUUUUUUAUGUUAUGUAACCAUUUUCUGUUACGCGGUGGCUGUUUAUUUAAUUUUUUUCAAUAUGAUUUUAUUGUGAAUGUUUGUCUUUAAAACAUAUUCUUGAUUUCAUACACUUAUUAGGCCAUAAUCCACAUGUGUGUCUUCUGUGUG